GCAGGGCAGCAUCCUCAUCACCAUGAAGGGCUUAACAGCGUUUAAGGAGAAGGCAUCGAGCGCUUUUAGUGGCAUUAAACCGAACAUCGAAAAAUUUGAGAUCUCGAAAAACCAUCAUGGCGGCUAUGGUGGCUAUGAGGAAAUGGAGGAUGGUGAGAAGAUUGGCGAUGGACCAGGCGGUGGCAUUCGGUACGAUGACGAUAGACCCGAUUCGCCAGCCUCAUUUGAGGAAAUCGAACGCCCGCCAUUACGAAAGAUCGAUAAAUAUUGUAAAGCGGAGUGUCCUUGUUUGCCGGCACGUUACACGAUUGCGGUGAUGGCGUGUGUGGGAUUUAUGAUAUCCUUUGGUAUGCGUUGCAAUAUGUCGGCGGCGAAGCUGAAAGGCGAACAGAAUCAUACGAAGUUCAUGAAUUGGAGUGUCGCCGUGGAGAGCCAUGUGGAUUCGUCAUUCUUUUGGGGCUAUUUGAUUACACAAAUACCGGGUGGUUUCAUAGCGUCGAGAUUUCCGGCUAAUAAAAUCUUCGGAUUGUCUAUUGUAUGCUCGGCAACAUUGCAUUUGUUAGUGCCGCUGGUGAUGGCUCUGUGCCAUGGUUAUGUGUUAAUAGGUGUGCGUGUAACGCAGGGACUAUUCGAGGGUGUCACCUAUCCGGCUUGCCAUGGCAUUUGGAGAUUUUGGGCGCCACCCAUGGAGCGUUCACGUCUUGCCACAUUAGCAUUCAGCGGUUCAUAUGCGGGUGUUGUAGUGGGUCUUCCGAUGUCUGGUCUGCUCGCCGAUGCGAUUGGCUAUCAGGCGCCUUUCUACGCUUACGGCACGUUCGGCAUUACAUGGUACAUCUUUUGGUUGUGGCUCUGCUUUGAGAAUCCGCGCAAACAUCCUGCCAUCAGCAUACCCGAACUGAAGUAUAUCGAGAAGUCUUUGGGUGAGACUUCUAUGCAGCCCUCAAUGCCUUCGUUGAGCACCACACCCUGGCGUGAAAUGAUGCGCUCCAUGCCUGUUUAUGCCAUUAUUGUUGCAAAUUUUUGUCGUUCUUGGAACUUUUAUUUGCUAGUGCUCUUCCAGUCGUCCUUCUUGAAAAAUAAAUUCGGUUUUCAGGUGGAAGAGGCGGGUUUUAUCGGUUCGCUGCCUCACUUGAUUAUGACGACUAUAGUGCCAUUUGGUGGCAUGUUGGCUGAUCAUUUGCGUAAAAACGGUAUUAUGUCUACAACAAAUGUGAGAAAACUCUUUAAUUGUGGCGGGUUCGGUAUGGAGGGAUUAUUCUUUCUAUUUGUGGCGCAUUCCGACACGGCGACUGGCGCCAUGUUUGCUCUCACUUGUGGCGUUGCCUUCAGCGGGUUUGCCAUUUCGGGCUACAAUGUAAAUCACUUGGAUAUUGCACCGCGCUAUGCCAGUAUUUUGAUGGGUCUCUCGAACGGUAUUGGCACUUUGGCUGGUAUAAUUGUGCCCUAUGCGCUCGAUGGAUUGAUUGACAGAGAUCCUCAUGGCUGUUGGACCACCGUUUUCACUCUUGCCUCUUGCGUCCAUUUAAUCGGCUGCACUUUUUAUGGCAUCUUUGCUUCUGGCGAACUGCAACCCUGGGCCGAGCCAGUACAUGAAGAGAAGCAAGUGUGGGCGCCACCAAUGGGCGCUAUUGCUGAAGAUCCCAGCCAGGCUGGUUAUACCAAAGAGACGUCAUUCGGUGCACUCCCUCAAUACACCGAGCAGAGUCAAAUGCAAAAACCGAAUGCCAUCAAUUAUGGUGCGACUGGUCACGUGGCUAACAAUCCCUUCGCCGCCAUGACGGGCACCAUACCAGAGGAGAGCGCAGUGCCUGAGCCCACAGCUGAUGCCAACAUGUAUGGGACGUAUGAUUACACGCAACAGCAACAACAACCGUCACAAAUGCCAAGCUAUGACCAACAAUACCAGCAGCCGGCAUACACAACACAGCAAAACUACCAACAACCCUAUCAGCCACAGUAGGAAGUGGCGGCGGAUUUAAUA